CGAACAGCUAUGCGCUCUCUCUCUCUCUCUUACUUUCGCGUACCAUCUGUGAGGAGGAGCGGUAGUCAAACAAGAGGGUUUUGGAGAAGAUGAUGACCACAAAAGCAAUACUCUGCUUUUUCGUGCUCUUCUUCUCUACCUCCCAUGGCCAAUCUAUCAUUCGUCAGCCAAUACCUCUACAACAAUCCUUCAACAUCAACAAAACCCAUGGCGGAUCUAUCAUUCGUCUGCCUCUACCUUUAUCUUCCUUUAACAUCAACAAAACCCAGAGCUCUUCGGACUGUUCUUACACGGUGACCAUAACGACGAGCUGUUCUUCACCGAAGUACACUAGAGAUCAGAUCAGUCUCUCUUUUGGCGAUUCUUAUGGCUAUCAGGUAUAUGCAGCGAGGCUAGAUGAUCCAUCAUCGGGGGCGUUCGAGCGGUGUUCGGUGGACACGUACGAGAUAACAGGGCCGUGUCUGUACGAGGUGUGUUAUUUGUACCUGUACAGGAGUGGAUACGAUGGUUGGAUACCUGAUACCGUAGAGGUCUACGGUUAUUACACUGGCUCUGUUACCUUUUACUACCAAACUUCCAUUCCCAACGAUGUUUGGUACGGUUUUAACUACUGCAACGGUGCUUCCUCCUCCACGUCUGUCGGAGCUAUGAGGUUGUUUGGACACCUGUUUCAGGUUUUGUUUUGUUUUGCCUGCUGGAAAGGCUUGUUUGGUUCCAUGUAAUAAUUAUAAGUCCAUCUUAGUUGCAUGUCUUUGCCACUGCCAGAUUAUAUGGACAAUAUUAUAUGGUGGUGGCUAUGAUU